AUAUCUUCCUCUGUUGAGUGAACAUCUAAAUAUCCUACGUAUUAUAAUAACAUCUUCUCGUGAUGAAGACUUUACAGCGCUGGCUAUGGCAGCUGCUAUUGAAGUAUUUUUCGAUUAUGAAGAAGAGAACGAGAAUGAGGACGGGAUCGACGUUUUUACUUUAUAUUUGGCUGCUACAAACUGGAGAGAAGAGCAUCCGAAAAAUGUUAACUUUUUCGAAGAAACGGUCCCAAGAUAUUCAUUGUCAGAUUUUCAAUCCCAUUUCCGCAUGACGAGAACAACAUUCGAGCAAUUAAGUCUCAUUUUAGCUCCGGAUUUGGAUACACCAAAUUCGAUUAUGCCUGUCACAAAGAAAUUGGCAAUUGCCAUUUGGUAUUAUGCCAACCAGGAAGUUCAUCGAUCUAUUGCUGACCGAUUUGGGGUGUCUAAAUCUACAUCAUGGUUGUGUGUGGUAGAUGUGGCAACUGCCCUCUGUAAUCGUGUAGGAGAAUUUAUUAAAUGGCCAACAGAGGAAGCUCUUAUGACAACCAUGCGUGAAUUUCAAGAAAUAGCUGGAUUUCCAGGUGUUGUUGGAGUUGUGGAUGGGUGCCACAUUUCAAUAAGCGCACCACACGAAAACCCUGCAAGUUACUACAAUAGAAAGGGUUAUUAUUCUAUUAACAUGCAGGGGAUUUGUGAUUCUACGAUGAAAUUCACUCAUGUGUAUGCGGGUUGCUGUGGCAGUAUGAAUGAUGCGAGAGUGUGGCAGUUAAGUGACAUUCAUCAGGAGAGUGAGCGAAAUUAUGAUGCAUAUUUUCCAGCCCAAACACACAUUUUGGGGGAUAAGAUAUACCCGAGACAGUUUAAUUUGCUGCCGCCUUACAAGGAUUAUGGGAACUUAUUAAGAGUGCAAAGGUACUACAAUUUAAUCCAUGCAAAUAAACACGGCAAAUAAUUGAGAGGACCUUUGCGCUGCUUUUGGGUCGUUUUCGGAGACUAAAACAUCUAUACCUCCAAAAUGUUGAGUACGCAUCUCUCUUCAUUCUUGCGUGUUGCUGUCUGCACAACAUUUGCUUGUCAUUAAAUGACGACCUUGAUGGAAUCGCAAAUGUUGAUAUUGACGAUCUUUAUGGACACUUGGAAGAUGCCAUUGAUGCACUUUUACCAGAAGUGCCAGCAGACAAUCCGCGUUUUAAUCCGGACAUUAAGCGCAAUGUGAUUGCGAACGCGUUGUACAUGAAUCGCGAGUAGUAGUGUGCUAAGACGUGUGUAUCCGUAUGGCAUUCUGGCCAGAAGUGCAACCAAAGAAUCCGCGUUUCAAUCUGGAGAAUAACAAUGGUGUGUUUUGUUAUGAUAUAGUACAAUUAAGUAUAAA